ACAUGACAUACAAAUGUUAAUUUCACAACUGAUGAAUUCUUAUUUUGAGAGCUAAGUGCGCAUCGCGAGAUUAUUAGGCGAUCUGAUGUGCCUAACCAGUCCAAUAUUAGGCUCUUUAGACAGCGGAAGAGCUGUUUUGUGUCCUGCUUUGGUGUGGCGCCCAAUGCGUUUCUUUCUCACGCUUUUGUAAAGAAAUUUAUGUUCCAAUCGAACGCCUCACAUUCUCGUCGUGUUUCGUGUGUCAUUUAUGUUGAUUGCGGCUCAACUACGGAUGAUUUGAAGUGCUAUCAGACUCGAAUUUAACAAAUAAGAAGUCUUAUACGUAAAGUGGGAAACGAGGUGGGAAGAGUUGCUUAAUACAACAUGGCCGAAUCUGGUAACUUUAGUUCAAAGCAUUUCGCAAUUCAGGCGCAGAAGAAAAUAUUGGGAAAAUUGGCAAGCAAGAAUGUGGCUAAAGUCUUUGUGGACGACACGACAAGCGGCUUAUUCGACAACCUUUAUACGGUCGCCAAGCGAGAUACAGGGAAUAAGAAAGAAGCUGAGAAGUUGCUCAAAGACCUGAUCAAAAUAGCAGUAAAGAUUGGUGUGUUAUACAGAAAUAAGCAGUUCAGCGAGGCUGAUAUGAAAGCGGCAGAAGCAUUUCGAAACCAAUUCAAAACGACAGCCAUGACUAUAGUGAGUUUCCACGAGGUUGAUUUUACAUAUGACCGCCAGUUCUUGACAAAUUCACUAUGCGAGGCGAAGAAAUCUUUACAUUCUCUGAUCGAUAGUCAUCUUACGCAGAAAUCACACGGCCGAGUCGAUCAUGUUUUUGACUAUUUCUCGAACGGGGAGCUAUUAGAUAAACUGUUCCAGACAGACUCUUUUAAAGACGUACGUGGUGAAAUAGCAGAUGGACUUAAUAAUUUAAUGGAACAUGGGGAUUUGUAACGACAAUUUAAAUCUAGAUUUUAAAAUAACUGUACCUAUACGAAAUUUCAAUAUUCCUUAUAAAACCCUGAGGGACAUUGCUGUUCGUUUGGCCGCUGUUGCAACACUUAAAUACAGACAAAAUAUUACUAAGAAAUAUUCACAAUUAGCAUACAAACUGUGGGCAAAUAUUCAAAUUUCAUUUGCCUCUGUUUCAUUAAAGUCUGGCGAGCAAGUAUAUAUAUUUUAACUUCAGUACGAAGACAAAAAUGAAAUCGUAUUAUUUCGAGAUCUUUAAAAGGAAUUAGAGUUUUAAAAGCGAAAGGCUCGCAAAAAGAGCUUUAAGGUCAUAUCAGUAUUGUACAUAAAGAGAGAUAAAGAGGCUGAUCAGUAAAAUUUAAAAGUAUAAUGUAGUAUAUAUAAUCUUAGACCAUAUGGCAAAUAAUGUGCCGACUCUUAAUUGAUGCUUUAAAUUUGUUCUAAAAUUUUCGUUUUCGUUUUAAUGGCAUAAAGAUUUAUUC